AUGGCGCCCCGUCGCGGUCGCGCUGAACCUCAAGAGGAGGUCGAGGAGGAACAGGGCGAGGAGCUUGUCAGCCUUCAAUUCGACGAAGAAUUGACCUGGAAGCCUGGAAAACCCAUACCCACCACCGAGCUCCUCAACCGCCUGCAGACCUUGUCCGAGGAGCUCAGCGGCCUCGACCAAGACACCGUCGAUGUCGAAUCUCUAAACGACGUUGCCCACGCGCUGGGCCAACGCAACCUGCUGGCGCACAAGGACAAGGGCGUGAGGGCGUACGCUACAGUAUGCAUAGCCGACAUCCUGCGCCUGUGUGCGCCCGACGCACCGUUCACCGCCGACCAGACCAAGAUGUUCUUCAACCUCGUGGUCACACACAUCUUCCCCUCCCUGAGCGAUCAAGGGCAUCCGUACCACAGCCAGCACAAGUACGUGUUAACGGCGCUCACCGACGUCAAGAGUAUCCUUCUGAUCAACGAUGUCGAUGGCGCCGACGACUUGCUGCUGAAGCUGUUCUCGGUCUUUUUCGACGGCGUCUCGGGCGGCUCGAAUUCGGGCCCUGAGGAGGGCGUCUCCAAGGAAGUCCGCAACACCAUGACAGAAAUGCUGAUUGCCCUGGUCGACGAGGCGUCGGGAAUGAACCCCAAGGUCAUUGAGGUCAUAAUGGCCCAAUUCCUGAGAGCCGCACCGCCAGGGGGCUUCCAGGGCCGCACCGAACGCGGCGAGCAAAACGGUAGCCAGUCGACGUUGCUACCCAAGGACGAGCCGGCCGCCUACAUCAUGGCCAAGGAGAUUUGCAACGUGUGCACAGAAAAGAUGGUGCACUAUGUCAGCCAGUACUUCAGCGAUGUUAUCCUCGACGCCUCUCGUUUCGCGGCCAAGACUGUCGGAAACCGCCACGACGAGGACGAAGAUGAGGACACGCCCAGGGGGCCCACAGAUGCAGAAUUGAAGGAGCUCAAGAAGGCCCACUACCUCAUCAGAGAGCUGUGGCGCGCCGCACCAUCCGUCCUGCAAAAUGUCAUUCCUCAGGUCGAGGCAGAGCUCUCGGCCGACAACGUGGAUCUUCGACAGCUGGCCACCGAGACGCUCGGGGAUAUGAUCUCUGGAAUCGGUGCUGCCGGCCCGCCCCCGCCGCCCGUUCUGGACCCUGCCCAGUACCCUCCGCUGCGCUUGGCCGAUGAGGCUCCCAGCCAGAUUUCCGACAACGUUCUCACCACGCCGCUGUCGCCUCAGUCGUUUGCGCAGACGCACUCGUCAGCGUACCAUCAUUUCCUGGGAAGACGGAACGACAAGACAGCAACCAUCCGCGCAGCCUGGACCACCGCUGUCGGGUACAUCCUGGCCACCUCGGCAGGUGGCAUUGGUCUUAACCGCGAGGAACAGGCCGAGCUCGUGAAGCAUCUCGGGGAGAAGCUCAACGAUGGUGAUGAAAAGGUCCGCCUGGCUGCCGUCAAGGUGAUGGAGCUAUUCAGCUUCCGCGACUUCGUCACCAAGCUCGCCGCACCUGGUGGCGUGGACAAGGACGGCUCGGUCCUGAGCAGUCUUGCCGACCGUUGCCGUGACAAGCGUACCGCUGUUCGAGUCGACGCCAUGACUCUGCUCGCGAAGCUGUGGGCUGUUGGAUCCGGAGAGCUGGCUGCCGGGCAGGAGAGCGUAAUUGCGGCCCUGGCCGGGAUUCCUUCACGUAUCUUCAACGCGUUUUACGCAAAUGACUCUGAGCUUAAUAUCCUGCUGGAUCGCGUGCUCUUCGAGUGCCUGGUGCCACUGUCCUACCCUCCCAUCAAAGCGCCCAAGAACACCAGAGCCGCGGCCAGCCAGAGCUCACAGACCGCGAGCGUUGCGGACCAAGACCGUAUCCGAGCAGAGAGAAUCCUGCUCCUUACUCAGUCGCUGGACCCUGCGGCCAAGAGAGCCUUCUUCGCGAUGCAGGGCCGCCAACCUCAGUUCGCGCAGGUCCUCGAGGCCUUCAUCAACCAGUGCGAGAGCUACAACGGCGGUGUGAUGGACGACAACCGGCCAAAAAAGACGGCCAACCUGGAGAGGACAGUCCAACCCUUCAAGGUCAAGACGGACCUCCAGAAGUUUGCGAACCUCAACGACCGGCGCGCCUACCAACUUGUCAGGUUCUCGGUCAGCGCCGGGAGCGACUACAAGACGGUGCGUCAGGCCAUCAAGGAGCUGGUCAAGCGCAUCAACGCAAGCCAGAUCGCGACGAGCUUGGACACCCUCCUGCCGCUCCUUUACCGGUCAGCUUGUUUGCUGUUCAACCGCAGCCAUCUGGCGACGAUUCUGGACUACUCCAGGAACGACAAGGAUGGCCUAGGCUCCGUCUCGCACGAGAUCCUGAACGAGAUUUCCCAGCGCAACCCCGAACUGUUCAAGACCCACGUGGGCGAGCUGUGCAAGGGCCUGAUCGAGCAGGCCCCCACGGAGACCAACGAGAACGACUCGACCGUCGUUGACACCCUCAAGGCCUGCGCGUCGUACUCCAAGAAGUACCCCGAGGAGAUCCCGCAGGACCGCAAGUUCUCGCAGGCCCUCGUGAGCUACGCCCUGUACGGUCGGCCUGUCAAGUCUGCCAAGUACGCCAUCAAGAUCCUUCUGGCAAAGGGCGACGACAAGGGUCUCGUCAACGCAACCAGCUUGCUGGAGAAGGUCAUGGAAGACUGGAACUACGGCUCCUCGCACUUCCUGAACAAACUGCAGUCCGUCGCACAGCUCGAACUGCAGGCAUCCAAGAUCACUCUCGACUCGGAUGAUGACAUCCUCAACAUGACGGUACAGCAAAUCCUGCUCAAGGUUCGGACGGACGCCACAGACAAAGACCCCGACUGGGUAGAGGACGCCGAUGUGGACGAGGAGCUGCAGGCCAAGUGUCUGUCCAUGCACAUCCUCGUCAACCGACUGCGGAGUAUGGACGACGUUGAAGAAGCCAAGGAGAAGGCCGUCCCAGUCUUCAAGCUCCUCAAGACGUUAGUCGCCAAGAGGGGAGAGCUCUGCAAGACAAAGGAUACGCCCAACCACCACAAGUCGCGACUUCGCCUGUUGGCCGCCCAGCUGCUGUUGAAGCUGUGCACCAUCAAGCACUUUGACGACUUCCUGACCCCUGCCGACUUCAACCGCCUUGCUUUCACCGCGCAGGACCCGCAUCUCAAUGUUCGCCGGGGUUUCAUCGAGAAGCUCCAAAAGUACCUUGUGCAGGGCAAACUCCGAGCGCGGUUCUACACCAUUGUGUUCCUGACGGCUUUCGAGCCGAGCGCCGACCUGAAGCAGCGCGUCGAGACUUGGAUUCGAUCCCGCGUUCGCGCGCUGCAAUCGAGCGAACAGCACCCCAUGGAGGCCAUCAUGGGAAGGCUCAUUUCUCUGCUGGCCCACCACCCCGAUUUCAACAAGCCAGACAACGUCGAGAACGCCAGUAGCGAGGAAUUGUCGGCCUAUGCAAGCGAUCUGGCGGACCACGGCCGCUACAUCCUGUACUACCUCACCAACGUAGCGACCGAGGACAACCUGGGGCUCAUCUACAAGUACGCCGAAAGAGUCAAGCAGACCCGCGAUGCGAUCGACCCGGACGCAAGUGAGAACCUCUACGUCGUCAGUGAUCUGGCCCAGGCCGUCAUCAGGAAAUGGCAGGAAAGGAAGAACUGGAGCUUCCAGGCGUACCCGGGCAAGGUUGGCCUGCCGAUUGGUCUUUACACUGCUCUGCCUUCGCACCAGAUCGCCCAGGAGAUUGCUGAGAAGCAGUACCUGCCGGCGGAGAUAGACGAGAAGCUGGAUGGCCUCUUCAAGUCAAUCGACCGAAAGAAGAAGAGGAAAUCCAUGGAUGAGAGGGGAGACCAUCAACCCGCCAAGAAGGCCAGGCAGACGCCCAAGGCCAAGGAGCCUAAGGCACCGAAGGAACCCAAACCAAAGAAGCAAAAGGUCAAGAAGCCUGCCAAGGUCAAGGCGAGACGCCCCGAGUCCGACAUUCCGCCAGAGAACCGGAGACGCAGUGGCCGAGCCACGAGGGUCUCCCAGUACACCGAACGCGACUCGUCGGACGACGACCGCGAGAUGUGGGAUGGUGUUAGCAAGUGGGAAUACGUUGAUGGCGAGCCUACGCCCGAAGAAGAGACCGACGAUGACGAUGACGACUCUUCGGUCCUUUCUGAAGUUCCCGACAAGGAGGAUGGCAAAAAGGGCGCGAAGAAGUCCGCCGCCAAGGUCAAUGACAGUGGUGACGAAUCCCCUCUGUCCGAAGUGGAAGACGAGGCAACAGCCGAACCGGAGCCGGAGCCGGAGAAGGAGGAGGAAGAAGCAGACGACGAGGAGGAGCCCGAGGAAGCCACACCACCGCCCAAAUCGAACGGACGCAAGGGCAGGUCGGCGGCGGCGGCAUCCAAGGCGGCAGCCAAGACGAAGCUGCCGGCCCGGCCCGCAGCCAAGGAGAAGCCCGCACCGAGAGCAGCGACCCGGGCGUCGGCGCGAACCACGCGAGGGAGGGCCGCCAAGGAGUCGAUGGACGUUGACCAAAGCGAGUAA